AGCCUGGUCUACAGAGUGAGCUCCAGGACAGCCAGAGCUACACAGAAAAAGGUCCUCUCGGAAAACCAACAAACCGGGGCUCGUGGGCUGGGCCCACGUCUGCUGACAAGGCGUCAAGAGAGCCCUGAGCAACCCAGGGCCGAGGCAGGGGCGUGUGGGCGCCCUGGAAGGACUAGGACCGCUAGUGAUGGGCGUGGACGUGCGGCCGGGAUACUUGUCGGUCUCCGCCUCACGAGGGUUUCUCCUUCUCCCCGGUGUGGAAACCGGGCAAGAGCGCAGGCAGGGCGAAGGGCGUUACUCUGCGCACGCGCGCCACUCGGGCCGGCUUUCUGGAGCUGGGAACACUCGCGUCCGGGAUGGCGGCGCAGGCGCACUGGCGGCCUGUGGAGGUCGCGCCUGCGCAGUCGCUUUUCCUCAGGCGGCCGCCAUGGCUGGACAAGAGGAUCCGGUGCAGCGGGAGAUCCACCAGGACUGGGCGAAUCGAGAGUACAUUGAGAUCAUCACCAGCAGCAUCAAGAAAAUCUCGGACUUUCUCAACUCUUUCGCUCUCUCUAGCAGAUACCCCACGACUCUAUCACAUCCUAGGAUCGCCACUGCAAUCCAGGCUUCACUUUCACAACUGCACACAAUGGCAGCUCUGAGCUACCACGCAAGGACUUCCUACCACACACCUGGCCUCAGCAGCUCUCCUCAAUCGUGGAAGAAGAUUCCAUAACUCAUUUUCUCAUGUAUCCUUUGUGAUUCUAUAGCCAGAACUACAUGACCAAUACUACCAAGUUCUGCUGCCUGUUGGGAAUGGAUCCUGGGCCCUACAUUAUUACGAACUUUGAGUUGCUGCCUCUUAGGAGCAGGAAAUUCCUUACACCCUUUUCUUCCAUAAGUUACAGGACUAGCUUGGUAGUUGCAGGACUAGCUUGGUAGAGUCUUGCCCUGAGAGUAUUUAUUCCCUUUAUUCCAUUUCUCAUCAGGCUUCUUACCUCUUUCAGCACAAGCCUUGGCUCCAACACUAAAUUUCCUAAUGAUCUUUUUCUCCACAAACUGUGUAUUUUGUAUUUCCUUUUGCCCUGCUUUUUCUUUUUCAUUGUAGACCUGCAGAAGAGUAAUUAGUAACCACACCGCCAAGUUGCUGUUAGGCUGUCUUGUAAUCUCCUCUGCCAACGAAAUCAGUCCAAAACUUUUCAAUUUAACCUCAAGCAGAUUUUUAGGACAAGGAUUAAAUCAGCCACAUUCUUUGCAAAAACAUCAUGAGUGGUGUCUUCUACUCGAGGCACUGCUGUUUCCUUUGAAACGUCUUAAACUGGGCCUCCAUAGUCUAGUGGUCAUGCAGGCUCUUAUUAGGAUGCUUCAGUGCAUGGAGCAUCAAGGACUCAUUAAUUCCUGCCCACGGUGUUCAGCUGCUUUUCUAUCUCAAAGUCUUCCACAUGCCUCCAAAAAACAUCAUGGUCAGGCCUGUUGCUUGAUAGAUAACUCAUUCCCUGAGACCAACUUGUAUCUUUUCUUUUUUUUUUCUUUUUGUUGUUUUUCGAGACAGGGUUUCUCUGUGUACCUUUUGGAGCCUAUCCUGGCGCUCGAUCUGUAGACCAGUCUGGCCU